CGUCCAAAGAGUCGUCAGAGACGCGUAGAGAGGCUUUAUAAAUCGCGAGGAUGCACGUCGAAGCAGUGACACCUCGGCCAACGGCGGUGAAAAACGCGCGUUCGCGAGCGCAUCUCUUUUACACCUAACACCGCGUAUAAGCGUCACGGAUACAUAUAUACGUGUACCUCCGCGGAACGCGGAUUAAAACUUCUCCGGCGCGAUUAAAACUUUCCUUGCGAGCGACAUCGAAAAGUUCCCCACGUCGAUGAUCGACGCGACAACUCGAUCGCGUUGUACUUUCCUCGUGAAGAGGUGGCGAAAAACUUGCCGUCCCUCUCAUCCUUCGGAGCGACACUUGGUGAAGAGGGAUUGUUCCGAUCGCGAUUGAUUUACCAGCCGUACUCUUUAUCAAUCUCCAUCUUCGGCGCAUUUCGGCGAAUCGAAAUAACCGAAUUUCCCGGGGCGUCGAGAACGCUUUUAUCGAUACACAAGUCGAAUCAAUAUCCUGCCUGCCAUAUUGCCCGGUAUAACAGCCAGGUUCGUUCGCGUCGGGUCCGCUCAAUCGGUUAACUUCCCCGGAAACAGAUCGACCGGAAUCCCGCCACCCCCGAGCAAGAUUACGAGAUUCUUCGACGCGCUCCGGGGCUGCAAUCGCAUCGAUCCAUCGCAAAUUGGAUUGCCGUUAAAACCUGGCGAGGCGAGGAUCGCCUUGGAGCCGAGCGGUCGACAUCGGCGCAAAGUUGCCUCGACCAGAGAGAGAAAGAGAGUGAAUUUUAAAGUGCGUUGCAAUUAAUUCGUCACGAGGAGGAACGCCGCUUCGCACCUGGUGCGCCGUAAAUGAGCGUGAUCGGGAAAGCGUGAUUGACAAGGACGUGCACACGUGCUACAAGAGUGUGCAUCACGGAUGAGACUCGUUAGCGGUGGGCUACAGUAGUAAGAGGCUAAUUAACGGUGACUCUAACAAGCAGGACGAUGCAGCCACGGGUGACAGUGGCUCUGGCCACGGUUUGGUUCACGGUGGCGGGUCUGGUAGGAGGAACAGUCACCCUCCGCCUCUCCAACGAUCAAUACUCCCCCGCGUCCCCGCAUCGCUACGCUGAGCUUCAACGAGACCAGACUAGGGACUGGAGGGCUCACGGACCGGCCGAGGAUCAGCCGCUCGACCUUUGGAUCGACUCGCGAAGGUCGAUUUCCGCGGAGGAAUUAAAAGCUCUACGUCACAAUGCCAAGUUUGCCGAACAAAAUUUUUCGCUUGAGAAGCCUCUGAAGGACAUUGUCUCAAAGCGAGUCUACUCCCUUUCAAGCUGGCAGAAGCGGUUGUCAAAUAUCGCCACCACGGAAUUCGCAGCCGACAAAGUCGAUUACGGCUACGACAUGCCGGAGACGCUUUCGCGUGAAACGAUGGUACCUCGUUCAGACCUCUUGGACGACCCCUUUGUGGCCGACGACACGUUCCAGGAUCAAGGCCCGGGUUCGAUGGAAAUAUACAAGCUGGACCUGUCCAAAGAGAAGACUCUGCUUACCGCAACCACGCCCCCCACGAAUUUCCCGUCAAAAAACAAGAGCAAAGCUCCCAAGAAAACUAGUCACUUGAAUUUAAAGACGAAAAUAACGGAAAUCAAGUCGACGACAAUAGACCCGAAGGUUCAUCACAAGCAAUCCAACUUUUUCGAGGAGCAACGAACCGAGACACCUUCGGUCAACAGAGACGCUUUCGGCGUCGGUGGUGUGCCGGAGCUACAGGUUGGAUGCGAAGGUCUAGAAGCGUCGCCAUCGUCCCACAAGGCGAAAAGAUCGAUAGAUACGCCCGACAAGCAGGAGGGGGUGGCACCGGCGUCCGUGCUGCUGGACGUAAUGCCAAUAUCUCUCGAUCUCGACUACAAUCCGUCGUACGAUGAGGAAAACUACGAAGAGAUGGACGAGUUAUUCAAGUUAAAGAAAUUAGAGACCGUUACAAAGAAGAAUAAGCCGAACAGGGGCGACAUGGAUGCUAGCCAUCUAAAUUCCGAUCAUCUGGACGAGUCUAGGCGGUCGGAAAAGUUACCGAUUCGAGGGGAUUUGGGGGAAUCCAUUCCACGAAAAUCCGGCGGACUCGAAAUCGAUCGAGAAAAGUCAGAAAAAUCGACAGAUCCUGAAAUGAAAAAGGGAACUAAAGCGAAGCGAGCGCUCAUUUUAUCGAACGACGUUACCAGGAAUCGACGGUUACUGUGGCUCGCCGAGGCAAAUACCGAGGGAUUUGCGGGGGAGAAGAGCGGGCGAAAACUUGCGAGACGGUCGACCAAUUGGGGUUUCGGCGAGAACGAAGGUGUCGUAUCCAGCGACGAAUUACAGACCGUGAAUGAGCGUCGCAGGCAGCACGAGAUGCGAUACCAUCAAGAUGUAUCCAGACGACGUGACCAGCAUCGUGGAAUAAAUCCCGACAUCGAUAAUAUCAAACGGGAGUAUGAGAACCUACUCGAACAGAAGCGAAGAGAGGAGGAAGAACGACGAAUGCAACAGGGUGGUCGAAAGACGCUGAAUAGAUGGGAGGAGGAAGAGAGAAGAAGGGAUGAAAUGCGAAAGGCGCAACAUGAUAAGUAUCGUAACAGGAUGGAUCAUACCUCGACACCUCGCAUGGACGACGAGGAGAUGAGGCGACGACAAAUGGAGGAGAGACAGGAAAUGGAGCGCAAUCGAACGCAGGAAAUGGCCAGACAAAAAGAUGAGGAAGAACGGAGGAGAUUCAGAGAGAAAGAAGAACAAAGACGACGAUUGCAAGAGGAAGAAAAGACCAAAAAGAGACCAUAUAACACCAAGUGGAGGGAGGAAAACGCGAGAAGAUCGGAAUCUGAAACACCUGUGAGCAAUGAAAGGAAAAAACAAAGAUUUCACGAUGAGGAGACAAGGAGGAGAGAGGAAGAGCGACAAAGACAGUUGCAGAAAGAAGAAGCCAGGAAGCGAGAACAGUACAGAUCGCAGCAAGAAGCGCUAAAAAGAAAGGAAGAGGAGGAAAGGCGACGUCAAGAAGACCGCGCGAGAAAUCUUGCCGAGGAUGAUAGAAGACGACUAGAGGAACGUCGCAGAGAAUGGUCGGAGAAGAAGAGACAGCAGGAAGAGGAUGAGACAAGGCGGCAGCAGCCACCAUCAAAUUUAAUGCGCACGGGACAUCGAAUCAAUCAUCCGAACGACGUCAGACAGCGUGAUCGAGAUGAAGAAAGACGCACGCGGGAACAAGAGGAGAGACAACGGGAGCAGAAGCUACGGGAAUAUAUCGCGCGAAAUCAACCUAUCAACGCCACUCGUGCCGAUCGCAGAUCGGAGGAACAAAACCGACGCUAUCGACCCGCAGAAGGCAGACAUCCGCGGAUGAACGCGAGCAGAGACGACGACGAAUCUCGUACAAGGGAGCAACGUAGAAGGCAGGAGGAAGAGCGGAAGCUGCAGGACUACAUCAGGAGGAACCAGCCGGUGACCGUGCCUUCAAGAAGCAAUCAAUCGGCCGUAACAGAUCGUAACUGGUUCGAAGAACGAAGGCUGAUCGAGGAAGCUAGGCGUCGCGAUCCCAUCAGCUACCCCGAUUCAAAAGCGAGAAGACAGCACGGCCCGUCGGCACCUACGUACAAUAUCGAUCGGCGAACCUCGCCGGAGGAACUCAGGCGGAGGCAGCAGGAGACGGAGAGAAGGUUGAAGGAGGCGAGACGGCAGAGGUACGAGGCGGAAGAGCGGCGGAAGGAACUUGCCAAGCGACAGCGAGAAGAGGAGGAGAGGCGACUGCGAGAGGAACGGAUGCGGCGACAGGAGGCGGUUAGACGAGAGGAGGAGGCGAGAAAAGUGCAAUCCAGACGAUACGAGGAGGAUAGGAAGCGGCUGGAGGCGACCAAGUUGCAGGCCGAGAGGAGGAGACAGGAGAUGCUGAAAGAACGGUCUGUAAGCGAAGCUGGGAGAACCAGACAGCCGGAAGCCACGAGGCCGAGCUACUACCAGGGUCGUCUUUUGGUGGAACACAGAAAACGGCAGGAUAGUCUACCGAUUCCGAGCAAUUUCGUACGAGAUGAAGGGGCCAGGAGGGUGGCUGCGGAACGCGAAAGGCGAAGGCUGGAGGCCGAAAGACGACGACAGGAUGAGAGCAGAAUGAGGGAGUACAAGCCGAAGGAGACCAGCCAGUGGAGACGGCGGGAACUAGUCAGACUCAACUCCCUGCCGGUGAGCGCAAGGAUAAUUGUAACCCGUCCCCCCAGUCCCUUGGUCUCCCCGGGAGUGAUAUCGAGGGCCGGCUUCAACAACGAGAUCGAUUUCACGGGGAUUAAUCCACACCGCGAGGGCAUACAAGCGUCAAACUUCCCCGCCCCCCCGACUUCGCGGCCACCCCCACGGACACCCGGACCAUGUAUCUGGGCAAUUGUUCAAUGUUGUUCGCCCAAUAACAAUCGUCUCGUAAAGUGUUUCGAAUCGAUGGGUUGUCCUGGAGUUAAUUGGGAUCCUAACCCUUGCAGAGGUAGCAUUGUGAAUGCUGCCCGAGCAGAAGUCGUGAAGUUCUAUAACGCGUCAAAUCAAUAACAUUCGUAAUAAGAUUCGUUCUUUGUUCUCCGAGAGAAAAAUACCAAUUAGGUAGGAAAAAAAAGAGAACGAAAGGGAGAAAUUCUCUCUUCAAAAUUAACAGAAGACAGAAUAGCAAGUUUCGAGUUACUGCAAAUCAAUUUGUGUGACUUCUAUCUGCUCUGUACAAAUAUUUGUGUUGCUGGAUGAAAGAGCUCAGUAAGCAGACUUAGAUUUAUGGAACGAAAAAUCUUGAUACUCACAUCGCGAUAUCAGUGAUAAUUUUUAGAUUAAGCAAUAUAUAAGCCAGAAAUUACAUAGAAAUAAUAAAUUCUUA